GUAAUGAUAGUAGAUGGAAAGAAAAUCGAUCAGUCCGUAGCUAUCUGCCGUUAUUUGGCGAAGCAAUGUGGUCUUGCUGGCAAGAAUGAUUGGGAGUCUUUAGAAAUCGACUCGAUUGUCGAUACUAUACACGAUUUACGCGCCAAUAUUGCUGGUUUCCACUACGAGAGCAAUGAACAAGCUAAACAAGAGAAGAUUAAAGCUGCCAAGGUGACGGUGCCAUAUUAUUUGGAGCGUUUGGACGCUCAAGUGAAGAAGAACGGCGGUUAUUUCGUCGGCGGUGCUCUGACAUGGUCCGAUCUCACUUUCGUUGCUCUUUUGGAAUACUUGAACUUCAUGAUGAAAGAGGACAUUGUCGAGAAGUAUGAGAACUUGAAGCAACUCGAAAAGAAAGUCGAGGAAAUACCGGCCAUCAAGAGCUGGAUCCAAAAACGUCCAAAAUCUAUCUUCGUGGCAAAUUAAUUCGAGUAAUUAAUUUCAUAAAAUUAUUUUUCGACUGAGUAUUGUUCGUUGAAUAAUUUGAAUUUUUGCUUGUUUUGAAUAAAAUAUAUGAAUUCCUCUUUUUUCCAAAUGUGACUACAAAAGGUAGUGAUAGAUUCUUGAGCUAUGUACUGGAGAUACAAUUAUAUGUUUUAAUUCGUUGAA